AUGACAGCAACAAAGCGCACCAUGCGGGCCUGGGUACAUUCUUCCCCCAAGCUGCCUCUCGAGAAAGGCAUGAUGCUUGUGGGUGACCAGCCCUACCCUUCCAAUCCCCUGAAACCCAACGGAAUUCUUGUCAAAGUCAAGAGCGUGGGAGUCAACCCAGCGGACCCAACCUUCGCGGAGCUAGGCGGGUUGGCCAGGACUCUGGUCAAACCCCAUCCGAUCGCUGGGAUGGACUUCAGCGGGGAAGUUGUGUCGAUCGGCAGCAGCGUUACUUCUCUGAAGCCGGGCGACCGGGUUUACGGCAGAGUCGAUACGCAAAAGGGUUAUGCAGGCUCUAUGGCCGAAUACACGGUAGCCGAAAUUGAAGGCUGUGUGCCGAUACCACCUUGCGUUGACUGGGACCACGCCGCGGGGGUUGGCACAGCAGCCAUCACAGCGUACGAGAGCUUAGUACUAAACUCCAAACCGGGGGAUUCAGUGCUCAUCAACGGAGGCACGGGAGGCGUCGGAACAUUUGCCAUCCAAUUUGCCAAAGCCCACGGUUGUAGGGUGACGGUGUCCUGCUCAACCACCAAGGUUGAUCUUUGCAAGGAGCUCGGUGCCGACGAGGUGAUUGAUUAUCGAACGGAGGAUCUGGUCCCCACCUUGAAGGGGAAAGGCAAAGUCUUCGAUUUGGUAGUCGAUUAUGCAUACCGGCAAGAAACGAACCUGUACAAGGCCUCGGACGACUUCUUGACCCAAGAGGGGAUGUUUGUCAUGGUCCCCGGUGGGGUAUCCGGUGCAUUACUCAAAACAAUUGGUAAAAACACGAUGUGUCCUUCUAUGUUUGGUGGUGGAAGAGCUAAGUUCAAGGCAUACUUCGCAAAAAGUAACCAUGCAGCUUUCCAGCAGAUAUCCGAAUGGAUGGCGGCUGGGAAAGUCAGGACUGUUAUUGAUUCUGUCUUGGAGUUUGAGGACAUGCCUAGCGCGAUUGACCGGAUCAAGUCUGGAAGAACCACAGGAAAGAUAAUAGUCCAUGUAUAG